CUCAUGCCACUGCUCGAUCUGUGGCUUCAGAAGUUGGCGGCAUCUCAUACCAGCCUACUGAAUUUGAAUCUUUUCAGAUCUCUUAUUAAGUCACUCAUAUAAAAGACAAGAGAGAAAAACACAAUGGAAAAGACGCUACUGUGGUUGAUCUUUUUCACGCUUGGGUGGCCCCUCACUGAUGGAUCAGAGAUGGAGCAGGAUUUUAUGUGGCAUCUGAGAAAAGUACCCCGGGUUGUCAGUGACAGGACUUUCCAUCUCACCAGCCCCACGUUUGAGGCCGAUGCCAAGAUGGUGUUAAAGAAAGUGUGUGGCAUCGAGUGCCAAAAAGAGCUCCCAGCUCCCAGCCUCUCUGACCUGGAAGAUUCUCUCUCCUAUGAGACUGUCUUUGAGAAUGGCACCCGGACCUUGACCAGAGUGAAAGUGCAAGGUCUGGUCCUGGAGCCCACGCCAAACACCACCGCCAGAGGGGUAUCGGCCAGGAGAAAGAGGCAGGUGUAUGGCACAGACAGCCGGUUCAGCAUCUUGGACAAAAGAUUCCUCACCAACUUCCCUUUCAACACCGCCGUGAAGCUGUCCACGGGCUGCAGUGGCGUUCUCGUGUCCCCCAAGCACGUUCUGACCGCCGCCCACUGUGUGCACGACGGGAAGGACUAUGUGAAAGGGAGUAGGAAGCUGAGGGUAGGGCUGCUGAAGAUGAGAAAUAAAGGAGGUGGCAAGAGACGUAGGGGUUCCAGGAGGAGCAGGAGAGAAGCCAAUGGUGAUGACCAAAGGGAGGGCAGCAAAGAGAAUCUGAAGGAGACAGGCAAGGCUGCAAGGAGGAGAAAGAACUCUGCUGGGGGUCAGAGGGGCGCUGAGGGCGGGCCCUCCUUCCAGUGGACCCGCGUCAAGAACACCCACAUCCCCAAAGGCUGGGCCACGGGAGGGAGAGGGGCCGCCGCCUUGGACUACGACUACGCUCUUCUGGAGCUGAAACGCGCUCACAAAAAGAAAUACAUGGACCUAGGAAUCAGCCCGGCCCUCAGGAGGCUGCCCGGGGGCAUGAUCCACUUCUCCGGCUUUGAUCAGGACAGAGCUGAUCAGCUGGUCUACCGGUUUUGCAGCGUGUCCGAGGAGUCCAGUGAUCUCCUCUAUCAAUACUGCGAUGCCCAGCCGGGCUCCACCGGCUCCGGGGUCUACCUGCGUCUGAAAGAGCCAGACAAGCAUUGGAAGCGCAAGAUCAUCGCGGUCUAUUCCGGCCACCAGUGGGUGGACGUGCAGGGCGAGCAGAAGGACUACAACGUGGCGGUGCGCAUCACGCCCCUCAAGUACGCCCAGCUGUGCCUCUGGAUCCGCGGGGAGGACGCCGACUGUGCUUACGGGUAACGGGACCCCGAAACCAGGCCGCGGACGACCUAAGUCGCAGGGGAAACCAGUUCCGAUGAUUGUAGCAAGACCACCUCACGGAGUGUGCCUGGACACGAACUCUAUUAAUAGCAUUUCAAUAUUUUUAUAAAUUUACUUUUGUCCAAAGGAGGAGAUUUUCCUGCAUGUAAAACCGUUUGGGUAAAGUUAUUGAUGGGCAUUUCCAUGCCAAGUAUAUAUUCUUCUUCACAUGGUGGUAAGUUUGGUUUGUGCAAAAUAAUUUUUUUUCCUGCUAGCCUUCUUAAAAAUUAGACACUCUUUAAACCUUCA